UUGUUUGUUACAGAUAGGCAGUAUAUUGCUGCCAAUGCUGCCAAAAAAAAUACAGAAGAAGAUUGUUCAAAAUGAACAAGAUGAUUCAUACAUCUCACAAAAGGGACGAUAAGAUGCCGUUUUACAAAAAGACUGACGUGACAGAUGUCAGAAUACCGCCAUUAGAUGAAUCAGCGAACAAAGAGAACAAUAUGGCUGUUUUUAAAAUCAUCAACGAAAAAUACUCUAUGGAUGAUAGAAUAAUAAAACAAAAAGGUUUUCCACCACACAAACACGGUAUUUACAAUGCAGAAGAUAACAGAAGACUUAGAACUAAUAUGCAGUUUAGGAAAGAGCAUUUUAGUUGUUACAAUUAUUUUUUCGUUAGCCUCUGCAUAAGUUUUAUCUUUGGUCUCGCCAUAGGAGUAGUCCUUAUGGGAUCGACACACACAAAUGUGCAAGUCAAACUUGUUCCUAGACAACUUAAAGUUAAUGAUAAUUUAAGAGAAGGAAUAACCAGAACCCUCAAUUCUAUUAAAGAUACCGAAUUCCAAAGGAAUGAUAACCGAAUAGACGUAAACACUAAACAUAUGAAAAUGAACAGUAGAUAUUCAUCCGUAUCUUUUGUUAGUGAGAAAGAGAAAGACGAUCAUAAGUAUAACAAAGAAGUGUACCCGAAAGGGAUGACAGAGGAUAUGAAAGACAUCCUGAAAGACAACAAAAUGGGCCACCACAAGCACAAAAUAUCUGCAGUUGUUGGCAAAAACGACACAAAUAUAUUUUUGCCGAGUGAUCGAACUGUAAUAUUUGAAGAUAUUUACUGGGGUCCUGAAGUUGAGAAUUCAUUACCAGAAGGUUAUGGUAAGAAAGCUACGGACAUAUGGGAGAGUUACAUGGAGCAAGCUGAAGUUGUGAAAAUGGAGCUUGGAUGUGGACGGAUGCAGAAUCGACUGGUGACCUUCAGUGAUGGAUUGCAAGCGUGCGUCCGAUACCGACAGAACACAGACCAAAUUCAAGGAGAAAUCUUUAGUUUUUAUGUGGCUAAGCUAUUGAAUUUGACCAAUCUUGCGCCCUCUGUAGUCAAAGUUGUAGAUGUUAAAGAUCAACUGUGGAAAAAUGUAGCAAACGAUAUAGCUACAGCUCAGUGGAGCUCAAACCGGGCCGUAGUUCUCACACAGUACAUACCGAGCUUAGAAUCAGCUAACAUCCCCGAAAUUUUCAAACCAUCUAGUCGUCAUUUGAAUAAGUUUGAUGUUUUGAAGAUGUCACUGAAAGAAAAUGAUACAGUGUCAAAAUCUCAAGUGCUAUUGGAAAAACUUAAACUUAAACACGUUAAGAAAAGCGAGAAUAAGAACGAAAAGGCAGAUUUUGACCAUUUAGAUUUGAAUUUGAGUAAGAAAUCUAUUGAUAGUUUCGUUGAGCUAGCGCAGUGGUCUGAUCUCAUAAUUUUCGAUUAUUUGACAGCAAACCUAGAUAGAAUUGUGAACAAUUUGUUCAACUAUCAAUGGAAUAUUAAUAUUAUGGAUGGCCCAGCUCAUAAUUUAGCUAGGAAGAUAGACAGUGGUCUUCUUUUGUUCCUAGAUAAUGAGUCAGGGUUACUCCAUGGCUAUAGGUUGUUGAAGAAAUACAACGUCUACCAUAGUCUAAUGUUGGACAACCUUUGUGUAUUUAGAAAGAGUACAAUAGAUCAAUUGAAAGAAAUAUUCGCAACCAAAAGUGUAGGUAAGAAAUUAAGUGAAGAAUUUCAUAAGAAAAAUAAUGCAGUGAUAAGGGACAUAUUGCCACCGUUGCCAGAGAAGAAUGCUAAAAUUCUACACGAGAGAAUUGGCAAGGUUUUGGGCCAAGUUGAAAAAUGUGAGCAGAAUUUCUCAAACAGAUAGUAAAAACGAGUACAUAUGUCUUUGGAAACAAUUAUAGAUAUAAUAAUGUAAAUUAUGAAAGAACUGUGACUAACUACAUCGUUAAUCAUGGUCCCCUAACUAAUUAUAAAUACAAAAAAAAUAGUCAAAUUAACGCUUUGUCUUUGAGUAGUGGUCUUCACUUAUACAAGUGUUGCAUGGUAAGCUGAAAGAGUGUUACUCAGGGGAUAAUUCUUAAUAACUUAAAUUCCAGUCUUAGAACUAAGCUUAUUCAGAAUGAACCCCUUAAUCACCCCCUUUUUACUUACUCUACAUUUUUUAACACCCUGUAUCUAUAUCUAUACAGAGUUUUGAUAUAUUAUUAUUGGUAAGGGGGCCAUUGAUUUUAGCACAGCUAUUAUGCUGACAAUAAAGUGAUAUUAAUGUAUUUGUUUAAGCAUUUUUUGAUACCAAAUACUUUUAUUUAUUGUAAAAAUGUGUUAAAUUAAAUCAUUUAGUGCCAGUUUCGAAUUUAAGUAGUACCUAUUUAAUUUUCAGGAUGUAUAUAGAAAUGU